UUUCCCGGGGGGCCUCGGCGCGGCGGCGGCGGGCGCGGCAACGUCCCCCGGAAGUGGAGCCCGGGACUUCCACUCGUGCGUGAGGCGAGCGGAGCCGGAGACGAGACCAGAGGCCGAACUCGGGAUCUGACAAGAUGGCCGGGCUGCCCCGCAGGAUUAUCAAGGAAACCCAGCGUUUGCUGGCAGAGCCAGUUCCCGGCAUUAAAGCAGAACCAGAUGAGAGCAACGCCCGUUAUUUUCAUGUGGUCAUUGCUGGCCCUCAGGAUUCCCCCUUUGAGGGAGGGACUUUUAAACUUGAACUCUUCCUUCCAGAAGAAUACCCAAUGGCAGCCCCUAAAGUACGUUUCAUGACCAAAAUUUAUCAUCCUAAUGUAGACAAGUUGGGAAGAAUAUGUUUAGAUAUUUUGAAAGAUAAGUGGUCCCCAGCACUGCAGAUCCGCACAGUUCUGCUAUCGAUCCAGGCUUUGUUAAGUGCUCCCAAUCCAGAUGAUCCAUUAGCAAAUGACGUAGCGGAGCAGUGGAAGACCAACGAAGCCCAAGCCAUAGAAACAGCUAGAGCAUGGACUAGGCUAUAUGCCAUGAAUAAUAUUUAAAUCGAUCCGAUCAUCAAGUGUGCAUCACUUCUCCUGUUCUGCCAAGACUUCUUCCUUUUUUGUUUGCAUUUAAUGGACACAGUCUUAGAAACAUUACAGAAUAAAAGCCCAGACAUCUUCAGUCCUUUGGUGAUUAAAUGCACAUUAGCAAACCUAUGUCUUGUCCUGAUUCACUGUUGUAAAGCAUGAGCAGAGGCUAGAAGUGUCAUCUGGAUUGUUGCGAAACGUUUAAAAGCAGUGGCCCUUCUCUGCUUUUAUUCAUUUCCCCAUCAUGGUUUGAGUAUAAAGCACUGUGAAUGAAGGUAGUUGUCAGGGUUAGCUGCAGGGGUGUGGGUGUUUUUCUUUAUUAUUAUUUUUUUUUUGGUGGUGGGGGGAAGGUAGUUUUAUUUUAAUUUUAUGGGCUCCUUUCCCCCUUUUUAUGGUGAUCUAAUUGCAUUGGUUAAAAGCAGCUAACCAGUUCUUUAGAAUAUGCUCUCUAGCCAAGUCUAACUUUAUUUAGACACUGUAGAUGGACAAGCUUGAUUGUUUGAACCAAAAUGGGAACAUUAAACAAACAUCACAGCCCUCACUAAUAACAUUGUGACUUUGCUGUCAAGUGUAGAAUCCUCCCUUCAAGAAAAAGCUUGUGACCAUUUUGUAUGGCUUGUCUGGAAACUUCUGUAAAUCUUAUGUUUUAGUAAAAUAUUUUUUGUUAUUCUACUUUGCCUUUGUACAGUUUAUUUUACUGUGUUUAUUUCAUUUUUCCCAAUGUGACAAUCGUAUUUAAAAAUUAAAACUGAUGGAAGAUUCUCUUUUGGUCUUCAACGUCUGACAGAUUGAAUGGCGAGAGGUAGAUUUUGCCAGUUUCUUUUCACUGAUGCAAACUUGUGUUAAGAUAUAUCACUGAAUGGAGUAUUUAUAAGCUGGCCCUGAGCAUGCCUAAAGCAUCAGUAUGUGACAUUUUUUACCUCCUAGAAAUUUGAAAUAAAUGUGUUUGUGUUGUCUGAUUAGUCAGAUGAUCAUGGGUGUCUUGCCACAGUGUUUGAAAAUUACUGUAGAGGAGAGUCACAGCACAGCCACACUCGUGACUGGCUUUAUGUGGGACUUUCACAUGUGCCACAUUUGUGUCUGGCAUUUGCAUUAUGACCUUGCUCUUAGUUCUUGUCUCAGAACUUCAUGUGUGACCACUGGUGUGUGUUAUUAGGAAACACCAAUCUGAUAAUCACUUGGGGUUCGUUCAGGCCAUUUAUGAGUCUUUCUUACAGACCUGCUGAGCAAAUCUCAAGCAGCCAGCUUGCAUAAGUGUCAUCAGAAAGGUUUCUCCCUUAGAGGGCAUCAUAUCCUCAAUUAAUGAUUCUUACUGUCAUCCCUCUAAUAUUUGCUACGGGAGCUCCUUUUAAUCUUUAAUUUGAUAAUCAACUCUUUUUUCUGCAUUGACAGAGUUCCUCCCCCACAAAACUGUUCUUUCCCACCCUUCCAUAUCUAAUUCCUGAUUCUUGUUAUUUUUAAGACAUAAAUGUAGUCAGUCAUAAGUAUGUAAAUGUUAACCUGUGGGUUGGAACCUUUGUCUCUUGCAGUUUAAGGUAAUGGAUAUUGUAGCCCAUCUGAAUUUUCCCCCCUCUUAUUCUCGUAACUUCUGGAGUUUCUUCAGAAUGUGGUGUAUUUUAUUGUGCUCCUAUGUAAGAUGAAGAAUUAUCUAUUAAAAUUACAUUUUCAACAUACAAAAGUUUUUGAUGACUGGUAACUGGUAUCCUUCCAAAUAAAUGCAUUGCUUGGAAACAAAUGCUAGUUUAAUUCAGAAUAAAAUUGUUCAUAACCCUAAUAUUGUAAAUUUAAAGACUUAACAGCAGUUGUCAUUUAUAACAAUUCUUGAGCUGUUUAGAAGUUGUCUUGCCACUAAGGAAACUGAAUCUCAUUCUGGGGCCAAAAUGAGUGAACACUGCAAGCAGUUAAAUAGAGAUCAGCUUUAUUUAUUGCAGAUGGCACUGCUCAUGAUGAUAGCUAGUAUUACAUAGUGAUUUAUAAGUUAUAAAAUUCCAGAUUUAAAUCUGUUACUGUACAAAAAUGUAUCUAAAAUAGGCCUCUGAUAUCUACUGAGUUUGAGUUAUAGAAAUACAGAAAUGAAAUAAUUCACUGUUUUCAUUUCAAAUACACGAAUUCCUAACUUCAUGGCAUCAUGGUUUUUUCCUUUGUAAUUUUGAUGAGUCCCCAUUGUUUUGGUAAUACUUCCUUUCUCAACCAGUGGGAUGAAACAAGAACCAGUGUGUUGAGCUUUCUUAGGAUUUAAGGGGCUCUGGAAGAGUCCAAGAUAAGAGUUCGAAAACUGGCAGCUACAUCUGGCUUUGGGGCCUAUUUUCCUUGGCCCACACAGUGUGGUUGGUUAAAACAUUUUGAAUUCAGUGCCAACAUUUAAAAAAAUCAGGAGACUCACGUGAAAAUCUAGAAUUCUGGUAACUUGAAUGAUCUGAAGUUCUGCCAGCAGCAGACAUGACCUGCCUUAUGUAGGGUACCUUCUGGGAGGAGCUGAGUAGCAGCCAUCCUAAGAGCUUGUCAUUCUUCUCUUAAUUCAGUGACUCUCCAGCUGUUUAGAGUCCUCUCCCAGCCCACCUGCUCCUUUAUGUAGUUCUUUUCGCUUGUAAGCCUUUGACUUUGUAACUACUAAGCUUAUGGACACAGUUAUUCGUCAAGUAAAAGUGCCUAAUAUGUGCCCAACACUGUACUACUUGUUGGGGAUGAUUAGGUGUAUGAGACUGUCAUGGGACGUUCCUUUUUGGACCUUCUCAUCUAAUGGGGGAGGGGGCAUGGACAAAGCAGUUUCCACUCUGAUGGAGAAGGGAAGUAAGCACUUGGGAGGGGCCGCUCUUCUGGAUUCAACACCUCCAGGCUGGGGAACAGCACGUGCAAAGCCCUGGGAGAGGAGAAGAAUCUGAAUAUAUUGAUAAGUGCUUCUUGAAAGUCAACUCUGCCCAUUCAGAAGCUUUUCUGAAAUCCUGAGGUAUUAAUAGGAGCUUUGUUUUUCAUGAGAUUUUAAAAUUUUGUUGUCUCCUUUGCUGUGAUUUGCUUCCACACUAGUCUUGGUCCUCUCAGAGGCUGCCUAAUAAGAUCUCAGAUUUGAAAUUAUGUAGAACUUACACCCUGUUCUACACCAAGAACACACUUUUAAUACAGUUUCAGAGCAUUUAAAAAUAAAUCAAUACACAAAAGCCAUAGGUGCUAUGGUUUAGCACUAUUAAAGGAGAGUGUGGCGGGGAAAUCUGGUAUCCUUU